AUGUUGAUAAGCUUAAAAACAAUGUUUAAGCCCACACCCAGAGAUAUUUUAUCCCAUAAACUUUCUUCCCGUUACUUUGCAAUACUUAAGAUUAAAUCAAAUCAUCACGGGAUGUUUCAUUUGAGUUUUCAUUUAUCAAUUCACAAGAUGAUUUCUCCAAGUACAGAAUUUGUUAGUUAG